AGGGCUCUGAUGGACGAGCUGGAGCAUGACGUCACCAAGGCUCGGAAGAAGAAGGCCAAGGUGGGCUCCUUCCGCAUCAAUCCUGACGGGACGCAGGAGAGGAGAAAGAUCCCGCUCGUCCAGUCCGAGGCGUUCCUCGUCGACCUCCUGGAUAAAGUGUGUGAGCGAAUGAACGACUACAAGCUGGAGGAGGACCCCGUGACCAAGGAGAAAACUUUCAAGAGAUACGCUCCGAGGAAAGGGGACAAAGUGUACAAAGACUUUAAAAAGUUCUACUUUUAUUCGGAUGCCUACAGACCGUUGAAAUUCGCGUGUGAAACUAUAAUAGAAGAGUAUGAAGAUGAAAUAUUCGCACUUAUCGCCCAGGAGGCACACGACCUGGCUGACAAGCUGUGCAGUGAAAAAUCAGGUCUGUGUGAAACUUCUGCUAACGAUACUGAACUCUAGCAAAGUCGUGCCACUUGUUCCAAAGAGGAAAAAAUCACAUCCCCCAAGGUCCAAGUGUGCCUUUUAUGUUUGCAUGUUGUCUGUCAUGAUACAGAAAAAAUUGUCUUUUAUUUGCGCCAUGUUUGGCUCAUGGGUGAUC